ACUUUGAUUUGAUCAUGAGUUUACCUGAAUUAAUUACAGACAAAUGCGUUUGGGGCGUUUUAAACGUGCUAAAAAUAGGAGCUGAGUAACUUAUAGUAUCUUGAGUUCUGUUGUCUUUUUUAGAAGAAAAGAAGCUAUCAAACUUUCCUUUACCUUGCAAAACUCAUCUUCUUGCUGCGUUUAUGACAUCACUGCUCUCCCUACUCACUGGGAUCCUAUGGAUGACAAGACGGGGUAUGUUUUGAUUGAAUUGCCCUUGGCGUCACAAGAACACAUAGAUGUUAAGAAGGCCUUUAUGAAGACAAUGACCUCGCAUACAUGUGUGAAGAAGAUUGAAAGGGUCCAGAAUCCAGACUUGUGGACGGCGUUUGUUCAGAAGAAAGGGAGGAUGACGAAAAAGGCCAACGAUGUACCUCCUAAGGAAAUGCUCCAGCUGUUCCACGGAACCGCACCUGAUGUUGCAGAUGCAAUAUGUCAGCAGGGAUUCGAUUGGCGCCUGUGCGGCAAGCACGGUACCCUCUAUGGCAAAGGAAGCUACUUUGCAAGAGAUGCUAGCUACUCUCAUCGCUACACUGACCACGCCGGCUCCCUAUGCGAUCGAAAAAUGCUCGUAGCUAGAGUGAUAGUAGGCUCAUGCGUAUUGGGUACUAGUUCAUUGACAAGACCUCCCCCGAAGGAUCCAUUAAAGACUCAUGGAGACCUCCACGACUCGUGCGUGGACAACACUCUUCAUCCGAGUAUUUAUGUAGUCUUUGAUAAUAAUCAAUGCUACCCACAAUACCUUAUAACAUAUAACUAGCAACUGUACUUAUAUGCUCACAAAUUUUAUAGAACUACAGUUUACAAGGAAUAGCCUAAGGUACUUAUAAUCGGAGCCUUGAAUCAAUUAUUAGUAACUGAGAUGGACUCACAUAAUUCAUAAUUUUGUUAAAAAAAACUUUUGUUUAACCAUAGUUAAAUUAGACACUGAAUUGAAAGAGCUAGGCAUAUUACGAGAAAUAUUAUCCAUAAAAUUAUGUUCAGUAGAUUGAAAGAAACGAUUAAACUACCAGGUUGUGUAAUUAA